UGCAUGAUAAAACUGAGGAACUAAACAACCUUAAUAAGGCCAUGCAAGAGAAAACUAACGAAGUGUUCCAUCUCCAAACUACGGUUGAAUCGCUUAAACGUGACGUAACAAGACUUAAUACAGAAAAUGAUAAACUCAAUUCAGACAACAAGGAAUUAAAACUACAAUUGACGAAGCUUGAGAAAGAGCAAGAAAACUCUUCACUGAAAUUACAAAAUAGUGAAAGCGAAUUGAAAGAGUCAAUUCAUUGAACGAAGAAAUGAAUUUGAAAAUACAAGAACUUAAACUCUUGACUGAUCAACUUAAGGAUAAAGAGACAGAGAUCGAGAUACUGAAUGAGGACAUAAAUGCUUUCCACGAAGAGAUAGCGACGUUGAAAGAACAAUUGAAGAUGGCGUCAAGAAGCCCCUCGCCGAGAAAGAGUGGAGACGAGAAGAAGGUGGAUCGGCAGGCAAGCAGUGACAAGAAACAAUUAGUGAAGAUAAGGAAACAGAUUUCGCUGCUGCAACACGAACUAGACUUCAACAAGAAAGAAUUGAACGAUAAGGCAUUCGAACUAGCAAAAGCGAAACUGGACGUGACAGAACUGAAGAACACGAUGAGCCAGGCGACGAAACACUCCGCGGACAAGGAGUCCGCCAACCUGGAGCUCAGGCAGCAGAUGGAAACUAUGCAGGUGGAGAUACAGGAACUGAAGGAAGAGAAGCAGAGGCUAGAGGAGCAGCUCGAGUUCGUGACGGCUCGGUUGCGAGAGGAGUGCAACGUGUCGGAACUGAGGGCUAAGCUGAGACAAAAAUCGGAAAGGUGCGAAGACUUAGAAAAUGAGUUGCAGGACUUGAAGGAGCUUGUUGAAAGACUGGAGGUGUGCUCGCGCGAGACGGGUGUGGAGCGCGGGGAGCGGGCGGUGUGCGCGCGCUCGCCCACGGCCGAGCUGGAGCGCGCCGUGCGCGACCAGCUGCACUACUCGCACCAGCUCGACGACACGCUCGUCGACCAGAUAUUAUCAGCGAGUAGCGAUGAACACGAGGACAUACCACCUCUUGCAUUAAACACAUCUAAGUCGUCAAGUUCCAUACACUCAACGUCAUCAGACAGGAUCAACAGACUGAAGAGUGAAAACGAAAAGCUGCAGAUGCAAGUGGACAACUUGGAGUCAAGACUGAAGGACAAAGACGCUCUAAUAACUGAACUAAAUAGGGUUCGCGAGAAGUUGUCGACUGAGAGCCAGACCAACCGCCUGCGCUACGAGGCCGAGCGCGACAACGCCGGCCGUCUGCGCCUGCUGCUGCACGCACACAAGGACACCGCCGACACGCUGCAGAACCAGGACUCGAACAUGAUCCAGAUCCUGAAGCGUCGGCUGGAGAGCGCCAUGCAGUCGGAGGUGGAGCUGCAGCAGCAGGCGCAGCGCCUCCGCGCCAGGCUCGCCGCGCUCGAGCACCAGCUCGCCAGCGCCGGACAUAGGACUGACUCGCAUUCCGCCGAGAUUGAAAACAUGGAGCGUUUGAAGGGCGAGGUGUCGCUGCUGAAGUCGAAGCUGGAGGUGGAGCGCAGUCGCUGCCAGGACCUGCAGGCCAUGCUCGACCACAGCAAGCUGCAGGCGCAGCGCGAACUCGACGCACGCGCGGACGCGUGCAACGCGCUCCGGAACGAACUCGCAGAGAUCAAGAGACAAAAACACGACACAAGCGUGGAGUUGGUUCGCGCCAAGGAGUUGCUCAGCACGCAAAGCGCCACCAUCGCUGAACUCGAGAAGAAACUCACGUCCACUGCCCGACAGAAACCCAUCAACGACGCACUCACCGAAAUCCAAACGCACAAAUCAGAGUUGGCGCGCGAGAUAGCGACGCUGAAGCGAUGCCUCGCGGACACCGCCAGCCCCGAGCUGCACACCCUCAGGAGUGAGAAGCAGCAGCUCAUCGCCAAGGUCGAGAGACUGGAAGCCGAGCUGCAGCAGUCCAAGACCCCUGAUGAGAAGGAGCAGGCGAUACGCUAUCUGCACGGUCGAUGCCUACGAUUAGAGAGUUACCGCAAGGCGUUGGUGUGGCAGAAGAGGUACCUGCAGCGCGUGCUGGAGGGAUACACGCAACUCGAGAAGAAUCUAUGUCUACCCUCGUCUGCCGCGCCACCAAGGAGUCGCGGCAAAAACCGCUUUAGGUGCGUGGCGCGCGCGGUGGUGGCGGCGCUGCGCGCGCGCUUCCUGGUGCGGCGGCGCGGCGCCGUGCGCGCGCUCUCCGCCAACGCGCUGCUGCGCGCCGACACCUCGCGCGGUACCAAGCAGGACCUAGGUCAAGGACUACAAACCCCGACUAAAUUGAACGUGAGCACGGCGCCACGACAAUCACUACGCAGAGACCUCGCUAUGGGCACGCCGGGGUCACCGCACUUGGACUUUAUCCGACGGUCACCGUAUCCUAACUCGCCGAGAGAUGAUCCGUUCAUAUUGAGCCACAGUUCGCCGCGCGGCGCGGAGGCAGGCGCGUACCUCAGCAAGCUGGAGUUGGUGGGGCGCUGUCUGCAGCGCGCCGUGCACUCGCGCGACGUGCCCUGACCUGCGCACGCGCACGACUGGGCUCUACACUGCUGUACAGUCGAUCGAUACAUGUAGUCAUCGUGAUGGAGUUUCGUGCUAGUGUUUUCAUGCAAAACUACUAUUCUUCAAUUGACGUUUUCAAAA